AUGGUCGAUGAGGGCACUUCAUACCAUCAGCAAGUUCAAGCCAUCACUACCUUAAGAAGCGGCAAAAUAGUUGACAAUCAUGUGGAGGAGAAGAAAGAUGAACACAAGGAGGUUGCACAGAAUUUGCAGAAUGAUAAAAGCAAGCAAGUAAGCCAUGAGGCUUCGUCAUCAGCAGCAUCUACUCCAGAGAUCCCAUAUGAGCCACCAGCCCCCUUCCCAGAACGUCUCAAGAGGAAGACCAGAAACCACAUCCCCAAGAAAGUUCUUCUGACUGAGCAAGUAAGUUCUCUGAUUAAGCACAACACCCCUCCGAAGUUCAAGGGCCCCGAGGCUCCUACAAUUUCAUGCAUCAUCGGAAAAAGAGAGAUUGAUAAGGCACUCUUAGAUUUGGGAGUUGGAGUGAAUUUACUUCCAUAUUCAGUAUAUCAGCAGCUGGGCCUAGGGGAGCUGAAGCCCACCACAGUGAUUCUGCAAUUAGCUGAUCGCAUUGAAGAAUAUAUAGAAGACUCAUUACCCAGUCUCCUGACAGAGGACCCAGUAGAAGCUUGCCUGAAUUAUUUUGACUUUGAAGAAUUCAACACCGACCAGUACAUUCAAGAGGUUCAUGAAUUGUUAGAAACAGCCGCCAGUGCAGAUUUUCACCCAUGGAGAGUAGUAAAGGAGCCCCUACCUGUGACAUCAAGCACUCCUCCUGUUCCAUCCCUACUGUCUCCACCGAAGCUUGAGUUGAAGCCCCUGCCAAAAAAGCUCAAAUAUGCAUUUCUGGGGUCCAACAACACCCUGCCGAUUUGA